AAUCACCGCUCUCAGCCUGCGGUUGAUCGCGAAAAGCCGAAAACCCCAAACCUCGCCCCUUCCUCUUCACUGCCUUCUAGAAGCUUCUAGAGCAUAAAGGACCUAGGCAGCGCAAGCCACCGCGCACGGUCUUCCUACCACUACCGGCCGGCAACGGCCAGAGGUGGCCGCCGUCCUGCCGGCAUCGUGGUCGUGGAAGGAGGCACCCGCUGCUGACCACUCUGCCCUCUACUCCGAGACUCCGAGUUCCACAGUGCUCCAGCAAGCACCGGCGCUCGCCACCUGUUCGACGGAAUGCCGCAGCCGCGGGGCGGAGACGAUCGGCUCGGCGCCCUCCCGGACGAAGCCUUGCAGCACGUGCUGUCCUUCUUGCCGCUGCCGGAGGCCGUGCGGGCCAGCGCGCUCGCGAGGCGCUGGCGCCACCUGUGGAGGUCCAUGCCCGUCCUGCGCAUCACCGGCGAGGGGAGGGUGCUCAACCGGCGUGGCGUCAGGCGGCUGAACAGGUUUGUGAACCACCUGUUGCUCCUCCGUGACCGCAGCGCGCGCCUGGAUGCGUGUGAGAUAAAACUCGGUACUUUCCGGAGCCAGGACGAUCCACUUAUCAACCUGUGGAUUCGCCAUGCGCUGCUGUGCCAAGCUCGACUCCUACAGGUUCAUCUAAGCGUGGAUAACAACAGCUUUGAACUGGAAGGCCUGUCUCUUGUCUCCAGGUAUUUGACAAGGUUGGAGCUUUGCAAUGUGGUGCUGAAUAACUGCUUCCUCAAUUAUUCGACCUGCCCGGCACUGGAGGAACUAGUGAUGAGGAGUUGCCAUAUUGAAUCUGGCAGAAUCUUGUCUGAAUCCCUCAAACGGCUGUCCGCAGUUGGCUGCGUAUUUUCUUCCUAUCCUCGGACUCGAAUUUCACUCCCAAGUCUUGUUGCGCUGGAGUUAACUGCACUUUGGGGGAGUACCCCUGUUCUGGAAAGUAUGCCAUCAUUGUUAACAGGAUCUAUAAAACUCACUGACUGUGAUGAUCAGUGUGGUAAAGAAGAAUUUGGGGGUUCAUGUGAUUAUAACGUUUGUGACAAUUGUGGUGGUAAUGAGGCCAGCACCGGACAUUGUGUGGUACUUGAGGGAUUGUUAGAGGCAGAAAGCUUGGAGUUGAUUGCCAUUCCUAGAGUGUUCAUAUUUAGAAGGGAUUUGAUGUGGUGCCCAACAUUUGGUAAGUUGAAGACGUUGUUACUCAGUGAGUGGUGUGUGGCAAAUGAUCUUGUUGCACUGAUAUGCUUUCUGCAACAUACACCUGUUCUAGAGAAGUUCACUCUCCAACUUUGCGAGACACCUGUGAAUUGGAUGGAAAAGGAAGGGGGUUACAACCCAACAGAAAAUCCGUUUGCAUCUGAGCAACUUAAGGUAGUUGAAGUCAAGUGUGAAAAGUUUGAUCUGAGAGUUCACAAAAUUAUAAUGAUCUUCAGUACAUAUAGCUUAAAUAUUGAGCAAAUCUAUGUCCAACGAAGUGUGAGACAUUCUGAAGAGCCUACGGAUGAUUCAGGAGCUGGACCUUAUCUAUUUCAGACUCCACAAGUCUCCCCCCUGGAGAAUGCUCGAUUGAAUAGUACAAUUGAUCAACUGUUAGCUCAGGAGGAGUUAUUAGCACAGAGACAGAAACAGCAGCAGGCCUUAUCUCAGUUUCAGUGGUGGCGACGGAUCCUCUGUGAGAUCAGAGCCCAGCUUUCAGAAUAUUCUGCUCCUCCCCUUUCUCAUAGGGCUCCACAAGCUGAUCUUUAUCCUGAAGACAUGUCAGGUAAUGUGAUGUUCAGGGUUUUCUACGGCGAUGGAUUUGUGCAAUAUUGUGACAGCGGGGUUGAUUUAACCAACUUCCAGUAUGUUGAUUCCAGUUUGAAUUCAUCGGAGCUAGUGAUGUUCUAUGAUGUGCUAGGAUGGUUACAUCAUCUGUUGGGUAUUAAUCCUGCGGAACGACUAGUCGUGAAAGCUGUGUGGCCUGUUAGGGGUGAGACAGGAUGGAAGUGGGAUUUAUUGGAGGUGAAAUCUAACCUGAUAUGGAUGAAGUUUGUUGCCACCGAGUUGUCCAGAGGGUAUGGCCGCGGGUUGCUUGUACAAAAGAGAACGGCUGAUUUAACACCAGGUGUGUCUGGUGAUAUGGCUAGAGUGGGGAUCUCCUACCAGCCAACUGCAACAGACUAUGACACGUUGCACAGACGACACUACUUGCACAUGAUUUCAACCACGCCGAUGGAAUCACUGUGUGAGCCAUCUCCCCCAGACACAGAAAAUGAGCAAUUUCUUUGCAGCUGAACCUGAGUUACAACAGUGGGGAUUAUUGGUAUGGACCUCCGAUAAGCUAAGAAGUCGAGUCUGGCAAAAUAACACCUGCUGCCUAUGAUAAGCAUCAGGAAUCUGCUCGAGCUGGUCACAUACAGCCAACUCAAGAUGGUGACAUGGAAGACGACCACUUUGAUCAGAGGCGAAGGUAGUCGAAAAUAUCACCGAGGUUAUCUCCAUGGCAUAUCACAGUGAACCACGGAUCUAAAUAGUGAUUUAGUAGAGAUUUUAGGAAUUUUAUCAGAUCGACUGAGCUGAUGAAUAGGGGACGCUUUCCCUACCUAGGAGCUACAGAAAGAGAUGAACCAAAUAGUCCUCUGAAUAAAACAACGGCUAACACUAUGAUUCUAGUAAAAUAUAACAUGGGUGAAAAGAGACUGUGUAGCCUCUACCUAGAGUUCUUCCUCAGCUCAUGUAUAGCUCUCUUUUACACUCAUAUAAAUAACUUUUACUCAAUUCUAUAUUUCAUGAAAUCAGCAUACUAUAUGCCAGUUCCUAAAAAACCAGCAUCAAACUAUCAAUGUAUGAUCGGGAUCCUCUGCACUGGAGGUAGCAAUGUAUAGGAUGAACAGUGCUCGGCGUUGGGGAGCUUUGGUAGCCAUUUGAUCAAGAUCGAACGGUUCACGUCCCCUGCUACAGCAACUUUACUACAGUAAUAACUAGUGUUUGUGGUACUGUAUCUAUACUAAAUUGACACUAUUCAUUGCGAUGAUUUACUAUGCUAUUCAUAAGUGAUCCUUGGCCUGACAGUUGAGGAUCUGGAUCCGUCAAUAUAAAUCAUACUUCUUC